UUCGAAGCGCGCGGGCUUUUAUGGAUUGAAUAUCGUUAUUGGCGCACCGCUGCACUUUUUUCCCUCCUUCCUUUCGUUCUUUCCCCGUUUCGUUUUCGGCUCUCCUCCUCCCCGAGGAAGGGCGAGGGAGCGGCGAGCCGGCUGGGGAAGUUCAACGGCGGCCGGGCGAGCCGACCCCGAGACCCGAAGAUGCCGAGGGCUUUCCUGGUGAAAAAAACGUGCGUUUCUGGCCGGAGGAACUGGAGCGAACUUCCCGAUGAGGAGCGAGGAGAGAUUUACGUCCCAGUCGCCCUGGGCGGAUAUGCCCUCUGGAAAGACCCCGAGCCUUCGGUCGCCGAGCCGCCAUCGUUCCCGAUGCCCCUGGACAUGACGGUGCGCAACUCUGUCUACACGGCGGCUCAGCCCCAGUGCACGGCUCACGUCUCCAGCGGGGUGCAGCCAGAGACUGAGUCUGACUUCGCGCACGCCAAGGUCAAGGUGACCCAGGGCGAAGGUCCCGCCGAGCAGUUUUCUUGCCCGUUUUGCCAAAAAGCGUUUUCCUAUCAGCGGAUGCUCAACCGCCACCUGAAAUGCCAUAGCGAGAUCAAGCGUCACCUCUGCCCCUAUUGCAACAAAGGGUUUAACGACACUUUUGACCUCAAGCGCCAUGUUCGGACACACACAGGUGUCCGCCCCUACAAGUGUGACCUCUGCGACAAAGCUUUCACCCAGCGCUGCUCCUUGGAGUCCCACCUAAAGAAGAUCCACGGGGUGCAGCAGAGUUACGCCUACAAGGAACGCCGCGCCAAACUCUACGUCUGCGAGGAUUGCGGAUCGACGGCCGACAGCCAGGAGGGUCACCUCCGUCACCUGCAGGAACGACACCCUGACAGCCCGUUGCUUCGCAAAGCUUCGCGCAAGGUGGUGACAGCCCUCCACGGUGUCAUUGGUACCCCGGCCUUCCUGCAGGGGGGUCGGUCUUGUCCCUAGGCAUCGUGGCCUCUUGUGGGGGGCUGAUCUUUCCCCAGUGGCUCAGGUUUGGAGGAAUCUUCCUUAGCAGGGACCCGCUUGGCUCCUAACUGGAAUUCAUUCCAAGGGCAUUGCUGGUGCUUCUUUGAACUCGGGAAGAUGCCUUCUAUUUAUUCAGCCAAGAACAGAAAAUGGGCUGGCUGGAUUUUGCAACUGGACUGGCCACAAGAUCUGGUAUUUUGAAGCCAGCGUGGAAAAAGACACCAAGGAGCGUUCUCAGUGGGCGCUGGGAAAUGUCUUAAGAUGGAUCAGACUUCCGGAUAGGAAUAAGGUGGCUUUGAACGUUAGAAAGAGCUGUGCUCGGUCGCGUGACAGGCCUAGCCUGGGGGGCAGGAGGAUUCUCAAGGGUCAUCUAGUCUGACCCCCCUCUGGCCGACGCAGGAAAACAGCACUGGACGAAACUUAGCCUCUGAAUUCUCUCUCGGGUGGCGUGACAGGGUCUUUGAAUCCUGGAUUUUGAAUCAUUGUCACCGCCCUUUGAAUCCAUCACAGUUGCCCACCUGUUUCCUUGCACCCAAGCUAAGGACAUUGAUUGAUGGUCUUAAGAUUCAGGGAGACUCCUUGAAUGUAUGGGGAAAAUAACUUUCUACGGGUAAAUGUUGUUUAGCAGUUGAACCCCCAGUUGAGAUGGAGGCUUCCCUUCCCUUCCCUUUCACUGGAUGUGUUCAAGCAGAGGCUUGUGGUUUGAGAUGCCGUGACUUGGACUUCCACACUGAUGGGGGGGGCUACGUGAUCUCAGUGGAUCUCUUCUAAGCUCUGAUUUUUCUGCCUCAAGGCCCAAUCAAACUGGUCGGGCCUUGGAGAUGUAAGUGCCUCGACGGGCCGAGUUUGAAUGACAGCCUCCUUCUGAAACAACGGGGAUCUUAGAUCGGGGCUAAAAUUGGGGGUGGGAGGAUGGGGUUUCGAGAGCAUCCAUCGUGCCCCUCCCUCUUUUCUCCCCCUAAUUCAAGCCCUGCCAUUCUGGAGUCAGGUGGGUUUUCUUGCAAUACCAAUGCAAAAGGGGUCUUAGUUAUCCUGAGCUGGGGAGACGUAGAUUUUGAGUUUUAUUCUUUUUUUUUUUAAAGCGAUGCAGUAUUGGAUUGCCGAUAGGACCAACGAACUCUCUGCCAGAAGGCUCAGCCUUCCGGAAACCUGGCAGAAACGCGAGCAAGUGCAAUUAUUUCCAAAGACUAUAAUAGGAGUAUUUUUAUUUAAUAUUAUGAACGUGUGAAGACAUUGCCGCUGCCCCGGCGUGGCGAGACACCGAAGCUAAAUUUGGGCAUCUGGUGGAAUGGAGGCAUUAGCCAAACACCAGGGUGUGGAUCUUGUUUACAUAUUAUUCGUCUUUCCUCUGACUUUGGGGGAACAAGCUGGGCCUGUGAACUUUUAAUGUUAUUAUAUUAUUCAUAAUCUA